AUACCUGCUGUCAGACUCCAACGGUCAGUCAGUGACGCUGUGUGUGUGCGGGUGUGUGUGCGGGGCUCUGCGGGUCGAUUCCUACAAAACACACCGACAAACAGAAACCCAACCGACUCCGGAUCAGCACCGAUGGCUGAAGGCGACAACAAAAGCGCGAAUAUGCUCUGAACUUCCUGCUGCUGCUGCCCGGCCUGAACCAGCACGGCGUCAUCUCCAAGUACGCGUCCAUGGCCAAGAGGGAGAUCAACAAACUGCUCAAACAGAAGGAGAAGAAGAACGAGUAGACGGAAGUGUGACGGCGAAGGGAAUCCCCGACAGAUGAUCCGCGACACAACGGAAGGUGGAAGGAAGUUGUUUUCAAAGAGAGGGGAGAGCUAGAAGUUGGCCUCCUGCUUCCUCGGUCUCCGCCACAGAGGAAACCACGUUCUUAUUUUAUUUUCACUCAUUGGAUAAGUUUCACCCCCCCCCACCCGUCGACAUUUCGACCCCCCACUCGGUUACUCUUAUGAAUUAAUCUGCCGUGCAUGCAGCUGCCACAUGAAGUUUAUGUUGUCACACGUUCACACACGAUACCGAAACGCUCAGCAGCACGCGCACGCACACACACGCUCCCCGCCACGCACACAAAGUCGAAAUGUUACUUGUUUCUUAGUCUGAGUGUGAGCUUCAUUUUAAGAUGUCAGUAAUGCUUUUAAGCCAUUCCCUCUACUUAGACAAAGCGACUACUGAGCAGUUUGUGUAGCAUUUACUGCGUCAUUUUAACCUCUCAUAGAUUCCUCACGUUAUUGUUUUCAGGACAGUGUUUGUCAUUUCAGAACAGGUCAUGUAAAUUGUACCUACCUUUUGAAUAUUUGUGUUUUUUUUUUGUUUUUUUUUUUGCUCAUUCUGCUUCGGUUGUAUUUAAGAAUAAUAGUGCUGAAAAAACAGAACUGGAUUUGAAGCGGAGCUCGUCAGGAGUGAAACUGUGUCUAGAUACAAGCCUACUGCUGUACCGCUGCUAGCUGGACGCUGUGGUCUAUUAGCUCUUCUGUAAAACCCCACAGUGUGUUACUGGUGUGGGGGGGUCGCUGUGUAAAUAGACCUGUCCCUCACUCUGUCUCAGUCUGAUGUGUUGUUUUUCCUUUCUCUGUUGUUAUUUAUCUGUCACUUCCUCCUCAGUCUCGUCGAUUCUGGUCUCAUCACUGUCUUUCAACUCAUUUCAUUAUUUGUCUUUAUUGGAGAACUUUAAGAAAAUGAAUAAAAGUUUGAUUUCAGUGA